GUCUGGUGGCUUUGAAAAUUCGCAUGACAAGGAGGCCACUGUUGAGGAAGCUCUUUGGCAAAAAAGGUUCAUUGUGCCGCGGCCAAUGGAGAAGAGCAAAAGAGCUGCGGAAGAAACCAUGAGGACGACGAUGUUGAUCCAAAAGAGGUGGUGGGGUUACCUCAUAUUCGCGAGUCUGUUAUAUAUAAGAUAGAGAAGGAAAAAAAGAAAGAGAGAAAGACGAGAAUCUUCCUCGGACCUCGUCUUACUACGCAACGAUACUGUAGACGAAGGAGGGAGAAUUAAGAUGAAGAGUAGAAAGAGAGGCCCCGACCUGCGAGGGAGAUGUACAAAGGUGCAGAUGACAAAACCAAAGAGCCGGCGAACCAAAUGCUUCAAUGCAAGCUGAGCGCUCGUUCGAGACGCAUCCGGGUGAAACUUUUGUCGAGAGCGACUGCUCACACGUUUUUCUCGAAGAAGUUUCAGCACGAAAAAGAGAAGAGGUCAUAUCAAUUAACGGUCUUUUGGCAAAAAGAAAAUCAAAUUGUGGUGUUUGAUCGACGCGAAAAAUUCGCGCGAAUAAUAGAGCGAAAAUCAAUGAGCGAAGAUGGCAGGAUAUGUCAAUCUUGGUGCAUCCUUUAUUGUUCUUCUCUUGGUGGUCCACCUAGAGCAGCUGAUCCUGCACAAAGCGGCGGUUGUCGAGGGAAGAAUGGAAGCUCAGUUCAAGAAAUGUUGCGAUCUGGGCACUUCAUGGGCCCAGGAGGGCCUUAGAUGCGAAAGGUUUACUGGACCUGUGGCCGGAGUGCCGAGGGUAGAGCAGGGUCUCUGCCUGGAAACCGUAGACAUCUGUUGCAUUCGAGCCUACCACGAGCUGGAAUGCAAGAGGGGAAAAGCUGACGCGCGUCAAGGUCUCGCGUGCGUAACAAGCACGAGCACCAAGUCGAGGACAUCCGGUGAUCAUCAUCGCGACUGUUGCGAGGGUUGCAAGCUAGGUAUCCUCACGGGAUCUAUGGGUCAAGGAUGCUCCUUCAAGAGUUUUUCAUUUGGUAUACCAUGGGAUCCCGCGUUCUUGGAGUGCUGUCAUGAAGCGUCACCGAGUUCGACGACUGAUCUUACGAGCGAAUCAUCGAGCGGAAACACCGAAACUGAUCUGGAUUUCUCAUCAUCAUCAUCAUCGUCGCCAUCAUCCUCGUAUUCACCGUCGUCGCCACCAUCCUCGUAUUCACCGUCGUCGCCAUCGUCAUCAUCGCCAUUAUCGUCAUCAUCGUCAUUAUCGCCAUCGUCGCCGUAUUCAACAUCGCCGUAUUCAUCAUCGUCUUCAUCUUUUUCGCCCACAUCAUCCUUAUCCUCACUGUCGGAUGAGCCAUCUUCUACAGCAUCGGAAUCCACAUCGUAUUCAGUACCAACUCCAGAGUUGGAUGAUAUCUGUCGACUCAUGAAAGGCAUGCUCUGCUCUGACAUUUGUGUACCGACGCCUGGCUCGUAUUAUUGCAAAUGCCGCGACGGCUUCACUUUGUUGGAGGACGGAAAGACCUGCAAGCAAGAUCUGCCGACUGACAGAUGCAAAUCGACUCAUCCUUGUGAACAACGAUGCACUGACAAUGGGAUGGCUGUUAUAUGCAGCUGUAAUCCAGGAUAUGAUUUGGCCGAUGACGGACGUUCGUGUAUUCCAAAGUCCAAGUCUAAUGAUAAUAAGAAACCAAAUGUAGACGAAGAGGAUAACGAAUUGUCACCGUUGUGUCCAUCGGGUUAUCGUUAUAAUUCCACUAAUCAGGUGUGCGACGACGUGGACGAGUGUUUGAAGCGCGACGUCUGUCCCGGUGGUAGAUGCCAAAACACUAUAGGAUCAUACGUCUGCAUCACAAUUACAUCCGCCAAAGAUGCACCCUACGAAUCUUGUCCUCCGGGCUAUCAAUGGGAGAUACGUACAGGUGUAUGCAUAGAUAUCGAUGAGUGCACCGUCGUAUUGAACGCUUGUACCGCCGAUAAACCGUUUUGCGUCAACACGCAGGGUAGUUAUACAUGUCUGGAAAUGACCGGGGUGAAAUCUUGCCCUGCGGGAUUUAAGUUUGAUAAAUCGUUGCAACAAUGCAGAGAUGUGGACGAGUGCGCGGAAGCUAUUCACAGCUGUCUAACAGAUGUUGAGCAAUGUCGAAACACCGAGGGUGCUUACGAAUGCGACAUGAAAUGCGAGAAAGGAUUCACGUACAGUAUCGGCUUGGGUACUUGUGUCGAUAUAGAUGAGUGCAUCGAGUCGAAUAAUCUUUGUCCCGAUCCUAGCACGAAGUGCGUUAAUACAGAGGGUGCAUAUGAAUGUGUGAAAUCUACUUUAUUGAAGAAUCUAUUUUCACCUCCGCCGUUCGAGAAGAAUCUCACGAAGGAUUUUGCCGAUCACUGGAACGUACCACCGAAUUGUUUCCAGGGGUACAAACCAGCAAAUGACUCCGAAAUGACGACGACGUGCAUCGAUGUCGAUGAAUGCAGAGAACAAUUACACUUUUGCAAACAUGACGAACGUUGCAUUAACGAGAUCGGUGGUUACAGAUGCGUGCCAGUUGAAAAUAGCAAGAAUACAUCUAUGGAAAACGACAAUCAACACGUUUAUAACCAACAACAACAAUUAUACAAGUCAAAAGGAACAAGCGCUGUGAACAAAGAUGAACUUUGCGACUAUGGCUACAUGUUCGACAAAAAAUCUCGUCGCUGCGUUGAUGUUGACGAAUGCGCCUAUGGGAUAGAGUAUACGAGAUGCAAUUUAAACGAUCGUUGCAUCAAUGUACCGGGCAGUUAUACAUGUUUUCCAUCCAGUUGUCCACCGGGUUUCUGGCUGCGCAACAUUACCCAAUUCUCCCUCUACGAAAAAAUAGACUUUUGCGAGGACAUAGACGAAUGCACGCUCGGCUUGCAUAAUUGCAACAUGUUGACUCAUUAUUGUCUUAAUACGAACGGCUCCUAUAUUUGCGAAGCAUUCGCUACCACUACCACCAGCACCACUACUACUGCUAGGACUACCACGGCCAGUAGCAAAAUAAUAAGAAGACCGUACAUUAAUUCACGUUACAACAAAGUACACGUGCUCAGAAGUAGUCCCAGCCAAGAUCGUUAUUGGACCACAGAACCGUGUAGAUUAGGAUAUAAAAGAGACGCGAGCACGGGCUAUUGCGUGGAUAUAGACGAAUGCGCUGUUGGACCAGGAUGUCGCGAUCACGAAAAAUGCAUGAAUACACCGGGAGGCUACGAUUGUUCGCCUCUCUGCAGCGCCGGCUGGUACUUUAGCACGACGACGAAGAGCUGUCAAGACGUGGACGAGUGUCUGUUAGGUCGACACGAGUGUCCUCAGAGUACGCACAGGUGCGUCAACACCAACGGAUCUUUCAGUUGCGAAUUGAUACCGCCUUGUAGCCACGGCUUUAGACGUGCCUUCAACGGCAGCUGUUUGGACAUCGACGAAUGCUCCGAGAGCCUGCACAACUGCCGGCUUGAUCUGCACCAAUAUUGCAUUAAUAAAGAAGGCAGCUUUGAAUGUUUAACUAGACUGCCCUCUUGCCCGUCCGGAUAUCAAUAUUCUUUGGGCUCUCGACAAUGCGAGGAUAUCGAUGAGUGCUUGACCGGGCAAUAUAAAUGUGACGCAAAGUUCUCCGAGAGAUGUGUCAAUCUACCGGGUACAUAUAGGUGCGAAAGACCUCCUCCUCGCCAACGUCAACGACCUGCUUGUCCUUCCGGCUUUCGGUAUCACACUCGCUUUCGCAAGUGCACAGACGUGGACGAAUGCGCAGAGGGAUUAGACACAUGCGGUGACGAGAUCUGCUACAACCAACCUGGUGGCUACAGCUGUGCGAAGCCACCUGUUCCCGUCACCAGGAAACCAUCCACGACAGCGAUGCCGGUGCCGGCGAACCAAAAGUGUAUGGAUGGUACCAAAUUCGUGAGAAACCGCGGCUGCGUUGAUGUCAAUGAGUGCAGAGAGCUCGAAAAUGCUUGCAGUAGCAACGAGGAAUGCGUCAACACCAUGGGCAGCUACAUAUGUACUUGCAAGCCUGGUUUCAGGCGUGAUAAUUUCACGCAAGCUUGUGUUGAUAUCAACGAAUGUCAAUUGCAAGAAAACGAUUGUCUACCGACUCAACGAUGUGACAAUACAAUUGGCAGCUACACAUGCGUGCGUUUCUUGCCGUGCGGUACCGGCUAUACCUUGAACGCCGCGACCGAGAUCUGCGAAGACGAUGACGAAUGUGCUCUUGGUACUCAUGAUUGCGGACCUGGUUAUCAAUGUAGAAAUACUUUGGGUUCUUACCGCUGCGAUCGUAUUCGGCGUAUAUCGACUCCGCAAGCACGUACAUUAUCAAUAACGACGGCGCGGAUGACGGCGACACCGACGACAACGAAGACAACGACAACGCCAAGUGCGACUAGCACGAAUUGUCCGCGCGGCUUCGAGCCCGGUUCCAGUGGCAAAUGUAUGGACAUAGACGAAUGCCAGAGAACGCCGAAUCCUUGUGGCAGAUCUAUGCAAAUGUGCAUCAACACUUUGGGAUCCUACAGAUGCGCGUCCAAAGUAAUUUGCGCGCCCGGUUAUACCUUGGACCCCGUGUCUGGACAAUAUUGCGUCGAUGUGGAUGAAUGUCGAGAAGGAAUACACAAGUGCGGCAAAGGACAGACUUGCGAGAACAAACAGGGAGGGUAUCAUUGCAUCUGUCCGUCUGGUCAUGCUCCCGGGCCCAACAAUGACUGCGUGGACAUCGAUGAGUGUAGUAUUUACGGUAGCGGAAUUUGCGGAUUAAAUAGUCGUUGUGAGAACACCGUUGGCUCUUACAGAUGUUUAUGCGACGAAGGCUUUGAAAAUGUCGGGGGUGCCGCUGGUGCUUGCCAAGAUAUCGACGAGUGUCAGCAAACAGCAGGACUCUGUCAACACAUGUGCAUUAACUUCUGGGGCAGCUAUAAAUGCGGAUGCGAAGCUGGAUUCAGGCUAAAUGCCGAUAAUCGAUCCUGCAGCGAUAUCGACGAAUGCACGGAAUUUAAGGACGAUAAUCUCUGCAUCGGCAUUUGCGAGAAUACGCCGGGCAGUUACGCGUGCAAGUGUCCCAACGGAUAUAGACUCGGCAUCGACGGCCGAGCCUGUCAAGAUAUCGACGAGUGUGCGACUGGUCAGGUCUGCAAUGAACCGGAUGAGAUGUGCCAGAAUACGCGCGGUAGCUACCGCUGCAAUCGGAUAAACUGUCCUUCUGGAUAUCAUCGAGACAACUUGAGGAAAAACCGCUGUGUACGCUCCUCAAGAUAUUGUCGUGUAAAUGACCAGGCUUGUCUUCGGUUACCCUCGCAUUAUUCCUACAACUUCAUUACCUUCGUGAGCAUGCUACCCAUCCCGCCGACCGGUCGACUGGAGCUAUUCACUAUGAGAGGAAGUCAUCAGCCCGAUUCGACGAUACAAUUCACCAUGGCAUUGGUAGACGUGCGCGCACCGCCGGGUAUCGCGCGUGCCACAGAGUCUUGUUUCUCCCUGAAGAGACCGGCAUCAUCUCAGGCGGUUCUGGUGAUGACACGCAGCAUCCCGGGGCCGCAGGAGAUUGAACUGGAUCUUAGUAUGGAGAUCUAUCACAAUACCGUGUUCGUCGGGAGCGCCGUCGCCAAGAUCUUCAUCUUUGUCUCGCAAUACGAAUUCUAAGAGGAGAUUCUUUGAAUAUAAACGAUUAGUAGGAAGAGUACAGAUUAAUGAGAAGAUAUAUGAAAGAUGUGACCGCGUAGAAUAAAAUGAUAUAAUCAGUAGUCAUUAAAUUUUUGAUUUCUUAUUCUAUUAUAUUUGACAAAAAAAAAAUUAAAAGUAACAAUUGUAUUUCAUCAAAUUAUAUCAUCUUAUACGCGACAUUUCUUGGAAGAUACGGAAUCUCUCUUUUCUAAAUUUAAGGAUUUUAAAGAUUAAUUAAU